AACCAAACCAACCAAACCACUCCCUAAAAUGCAGGUGAGGAGUACAUGCACCUUCCUAUAAAAACCACACUUCGGCAAUGUACCGCUCCUCCCUGCCCCGCACUCUUAGCGGUGGUGCGACAGCAACACCCCGCGUCAGCCUCGCACUUCGUAAGCUCGUCGGUCUGGGUUCCCCGCCUACCCCUCUGUCGAGGAGCUUCGUCUAUCAGCACAGCAACAACUCCAGUUUGGAUACAAGGAAGUAUUAUUACUCUACGAAUAUAAAUACCACAUCAUCAUUACGACGAUUACGGCCGCGAACGACGCUGCUUGCUCUUAGCAUACAACAGACACGCCAGAAUCAUAUCGACACGAUGGACGCAGCCGAGCUGGCGAAUUAUCUGGCGGACUCGCCGCCGACGGUUGUGCCGUUGGAGAUUAAGAAGCAUUUUGAGGCUUUGACGGCGAGGCAGAAGAGAUAUGCUCAUUAUAUCUCCAAGGCCUCCUUCGCAGGCACACGCAUCAUCCUCCGCCAAGUCUCCCCCGAAAGCGAAUCCAUCUACGACUUCAUCCUCUCUCUCUACCGCGCCAGCGCUGGCGACUGGUCCGCGUACGCCACCAAGGCCGGAGUGAGCGCCCAAGACCUCCAGUACUUCCUCGAGUACGCCGCGCAGUUCCUCGGGAAUAGCGGGAACUACAAGGGAUUCGGGGACGCGAAGUUCAUCCCCCGGGCGCCGGAGGAGGCGUUUGCGAAGCUAGCGGCGCAGGAUGAGACGGCUAAGAAGCAUUAUGAGGCGACGAGGGGGGGGAUCUUUGCGACGGAGAGGCAGGAUUUGAUGCACCUUGGCUUUACGGAGGAGGGGCAUAUGACAACUUAUUAUCCCGAUAGUCCUUCGAUUACGAAGGUGGAGAUUGAGGCGGUGAGUGCGUGGAUGGUUGGUGUGGGGUUACUGCCUGAGAAUACGCGGUUGAGGAAGAAUGAGGCGGGGGAGUUUGAGAUCUUGAUCGCGUCGGCUGUUACGGAGGUCCCUGCUGAGGGUGGGGAUAUCGGGAAGGAGACGCAGUUUGUGGUUAAGGAGGGGCUACUGGAAGGGAAGACGAUUAAACUCGUGUAUGGCGACCAUGCGAAGGAGAUGGCUGCCAUUGCGGGGUGGCAUGCUAAGGCGGCUGAGGAGGCGGAGAAUGAGAAUCAGAAGCUGAUGCAGCUUGCGUAUGUUAAGUCGUUUGAGACCGGCUCGCUGCUGGCGUUUAAAGAUUCGCAGAGGUUUUGGAUCCGCGAUAAGGGGCCGAUGGUUGAGAGUGAUGUUGGGUUCGUGGAGACGUACCGUGACCCCCACGGCGUGCGUGGUGAGUGGGAAGGUUUCGCAGCGACGGUGAACCUUGAGCGCACCGCCGCCUUCACGGGGCUAGUCGCCAGCGCUGAGACGGAAAUCCCUAAACUCCCGUGGGGUCCUACAUUCGAGAAAGACACCUUCCUCAGCCCCGACUUCACGAGUCUCGAGGUCCUCGCCUUUGCAUCCUCCGGUAUCCCAGCGGGUAUCAACAUUCCCAACUAUGACGACAUCCGACAAACCGAGGGAUUCAAAAACGUCUCAUUAGGUAACGUCCUCAGUGCCGUUGCACCGCACGAGAAGAUCCCCUUCAUCCGCCCGGAAGACCUGGCGCUGUACGAGAAAUACCGUGGACAGGCGUUUGAGGUGCAAGUUGGCGUGCAUGAGCUCCUCGGUCACGGAACCGGGAAACUCCUCCAGGAGACUGCGCCGGGGCAGUUUAACUUUGACCGCGCGAACCCGCCUGUGUCGCCUAUCACCGGGAAGGCAAUCGAGAGCUACUACAAGCCCGGCGCCACCUUCGGCGGGGUCUUCGGGGCGAUCGCGUCGAGUUACGAGGAGUGUCGCGCGGAGUGCGUGGCGAUGGCUUUGGGGUGCGAGUUUAGCGUGCUUAAAGUGUUUGGAUUCGGCAGUGGGGAGGUGGACAUGGAUGGUGAGGCCGGUGACGUGCUAUACGUGAGCUACCUCAGCAUGGCGCGUGCGGGCAUCGCGUCGUUGGAGAUGUGGGAUCCUAAGAGCAGGAAGUGGGGUCAGGCGCAUAGUCAGGCGCGUUUCAGCAUCCUUAAGUGCUUCCUUGAAGCUGGUGAUGGGUUCUGCGAGCUUGCGUAUAAGGAGGGUGGAGAUAUGAGUGAUUUGGCGGUUAAGAUUGAUCGCUCUAAGAUCCUGACUGUAGGGCGUAAGGCGGUGGAGGAGUACCUGCUGAAACUGCACAUCUUCAAGUCCACCGCCGAUGUGGUGGCGGGGACGGAGUUGUAUGAGAGGAUGACGAGGGUGGAGGAGGGGUUCUGGGCGGAGAAGGUUAGGGGACAGGUGAUCAAGCAGAAGCAGCCGAGGAAGGUGUUUGUGCAGGCUAAUACGGAGCUGGGAGAGGAUGGGGAGGUGGCGAUUAAGGUGCAGGAGACGAGUUUGGAGGGGAUGGUGGCGAGUUUUGCGGAGAGGGGGAAUUAG